AAGACGCACCUUAAUUUUGGUUCCAUUCUAGAAAUUUUUGGAAAACCAGAGCCGAUCUUGUCCUAUCCUAUCCAAACACUACUGUACGUGACAUUUUCUCACCAUUUUUUCUUGCAAGACAACAUUUUCUUGGUCCCAAACACUCAGCCAUGGGAGAGAUUGAUCCAGCCUUCAUCCAAUCCAUUGAACACAGGCCAAAGCUCACUGUCACCGAUCCCGGAGAAAUCCCGGUCAUCGAUCUCUCGGCGUUGCACUCGGGCGCCGUGGAUCUCCUAGUCGCUGAUAUUGGCAAAGCAUGCGAGGAGUGGGGGUUCUUUAAAGUGAUCAACCAUGGAGUGCCACUGGAAGUCGUUCGGAGAAUUGAGGCUGCGAUGAAGGAGUUUUUCGAUCAGAGUAUCGAUGAGAAGAGGAAGGUGAAGAGGGAUGAGGCGAAGCCUAUGGGCUAUCAUGAUUCAGAGCAUACCAAAAAUGUUAGGGAUUGGAAAGAAGUGUUGGAUAUUGCUGUGGAAGAUCCCCUGGUGAUCUCAGCCUCUCCAGACCCUCAAGAUCAGGAAUUGACCAAGUAUUACAACCAGUGGCCUGAGUACCCUCCAGAAUUUAGGAAAAUUUUGAAGGAAUAUGCUGGAGAAAUAGAAAAAUUAGCUUUCAAGCUCUUGGAACUCAUCUCCUUAAGCUUAGGCUUGGCCGGGGACCGGUUGAUUGAAUUCUUCCAAGGGCAAACCAGCUUUAUCCGACUCAAUCACUAUCCGCCGUGCCCGUGGCCGGAGCUCGCUCUCGGUGUGGGUCGGCACAAGGACGCAGGAGCUUUAACCGUUCUCUUUCAAGAUGGUGUCGGGGGAUUGGAAGUGAAGCGAAAAGCCGAUGGAGAAUGGGUUGGAGUAAAACCUAUUCCAAAUGCUUAUAUCAUUAAUGUUGGUGAUAUUAUUCAGGUGUGGAGCAAUGAUAAAUAUGAGAGCGUGGAGCACAGGGUGGUGGCCAAUAGUGAGAAGGAAAGGUUUUCGAUUCCAUUCUUCUUAUUUCCGGCGCACCAUGUGAAUGUAAAGCCAUUGGAGGAGUUGACCAAUGAGGAAAACCCCCCUAAAUUUAAAGAGUACAAUUGGGGGAAGUUCAUGGCAACUAGAAACAGGAGUGAUUUCAAGAAGCAAGCUGUUGAAAACAUCCAAAUUCAUCAUUUCAGAGUUUCCGAACAAUAAUAAUGUUGUAAGAACAUGGUGUUGGACGCUAAAUAAAUAGUGCCAUGAGAGUUGGUUGACCCAAUUAGUAGUUUGUUAUAGAAUUAUGUAAAGAAUUUCGUAAUCAAUCGUUGAGAUGUGGGAAAAGCAUUUCUUUGGUGCUGGAA